CGCUUUUCCCCGUCCCAGUGGAGGCGGGGGGGGGGGGGGGGGGUUGCAGCCCUAAGCCUCUGGGAGACAUGGAGCCCAGGAGGGCGGCGCCUGGGGCGCCUGGCUGGGGGUCUCGGGAGGCCGCGGGGUCGGCAUCGGCCGCGGAGCUUGUGUACCAUCUAGCCGGGGCCCUGGGCACUGAGCUGCAGGAUCUGGCGCGCCGUUUCGGGCCGGAGGCGGCGGCCGGGCUGGUGCCGCUAGUGGUGCGGGCGCUGGAGCUCUUGGAACAGGCUGCCGUGGGGCCCGCCCCGGACUCGCUGCAGGUGUCGGCGCAGCAGGCGGAGCAGGAGCUGCGGCGGCUGCGGGAGGAGAACGAGCGCCUCCGCAGGGAGCUGCGCGCGGGGCCACAGGAGGAGCGCGCGCUGCUGCGGCAGCUCAAGGAGGUCACGGACCGACAGCGGGACGAACUCCGGGCGCACAACCGCGACCUGCGGCAGCGCGGCCAGGAGACCGAGGCGUUGCAGGAGCAGCUGCAGCGCCUCCUGCUGGUGAACGCUGAGCUGCGGCACAAGCUGGCGGCCGUGCAGACCCAGCUGCGCGCCGCGCAGGACCGCGAGAGGGAGCGCCAGCAGCCUGGCGAAGCCGCGACUCCGCAGGCUAAAGAGCGAGCGCGGGGGCAGGCCGGGCGGCCCGGGCACCAGCACGGACAGGAGCCCGAAUGGGCGACCGCCGGCGCAGGCGCCCCAGGGAACCCUGAGGACCCGGCGGAGGCCGCGCAGCAGCUCGGGGGCCCCUCGGAGGCAGGACAGUGCCGCUUCAGUCGGGAGGAGUUUGAGCAAAUCCUUCAGGAGCGGAAUGAACUCAAAGCCAAAGUGUUCCUGCUCAAGGAGGAACUGGCCUACUUCCAGCGGGAGCUGCUCACAGACCACCGGGUCCCCGGCCUUCUGCUCGAGGCCAUGAAGGUGGCUGUCCGGAAGCAGCGGAAGAAGAUCAAGGCCAAGAUGUUAGGGACACCAGAGGAAGCAGAGAGCAGUGAGGAUGAGGCUGGCCCAUGGAUCCUGCUCUCCGAUGACAAGGGAGACCAUCCCCCACCCCCGGAGUCCAAAAUACAGAGUUUCUUUGGCCUAUGGUAUCGGGGUAAAGCUGAAUCCUCUGAGGAUGAGACCAGCAGCCCUGCACCCAGCAAGCUAGGGGGAGAAGAGGAGGCCCAACCACAGUCUCCAGCUCCUGAUCCGCCCUGUUCUGCCCUCCACGAACACCUUUGUCUGGGGGCCUCAGCCGCCCCAGAGGCCUGACUUAGGGGUCUGGCUGUGGAAGGAUGUGUGGCCUCAAAUGAGGACAGGGCUCCCGCCUUCACAGCCCUCGCCAGGGGUCUGCCCCAAUCCUGGCCUGCAUCAGGGCAGGACGGGGUCUCAGCCCGCCUCCCUCUCUACGUCUCUGUACUGAGCCUCUGGGGCCAGAUAUAAGAGUGCCUCUCUGAGUCUCAGUUUCCCCAUCCAUGAAAUGAGAGCUGACUGCCUAGCUCCCAGGGCUUUGCAGACGGCCUGAGCUCAUGUAAUAAAGAACUGCCCGUAAUACACAGAAA